GCUAUAUAAACUGAGAAGAUUCCACAGAGAAGAAAGGGAGGGAGGGUGAAAAGUAAGAAAACAGAAGGAGAAGAAUGAGAUUGGAGACAACAAUAAUUUUUUAAAAAGUAGAAAAUAGCACAUUUAAAAGACAAUAUAAAUAGAAGUGAGAUGAGAAAGUGAAAAGGAGAGAUAGAACGACAGAAAGAAGAAGAAAGAAGAAACGUUAAAUGUAGUGAAAGAUUUCUAAAUAAGUCAGGAUAAAGGGAGGAAGAAAAUAUAUAAGACAUCCCUCACACCAAGGACACGUGUCUUUAGGAUUUAAAGCAUCGUCAGCGAGAGACAGAGGGAGGAGAGGUCUUAAAGGAAAAGGAGGUGGUAGUGAGAAGGGAAAAGGGAAGGGUGAAAGUAAAUAGAAGUAAGAAAGAGUUGUCACACAGCUGAUACCGAUGCCAGGGUGACAGUCUGCAGGUGACGCUUUUCAGACAGAUUUGAAUUCCCUGCAUUCUGAAGGAAUGGGGAGCAGUGGUGCAAACCUUCCAAGCAGUACUCAAAACUGCCUAGAACUACAGGAUUCUACUCUCACCAGCCUGGACAAACCUCCAGAAGAGGGAGUACCUGGCUAUUACUUGCCAUUCUGUGACAUGUUGUAUGGAAAUGAAGGAGGCAACUGGGUGACCAAAGGGUUAAUACCAAGUGGACACAGAGUGGAAGGGCAGAAGGAGCCUGAGCAAUGUCCUGUUAUAGACAGCCAGGGACUACAUCACGAAUUAGAGUACCAGACCUCCUUACAUCUUGAAGAUCAUUCCCUGGAGCAAAUGCAGACCAUGGUAGUUGGGGAGGUGCUAAAAGAUAUUGAGACUGCAUGUAAACUCCUCAACAUAUCUGCAGAUCCCAUGGAGUGGACCAUAAAUAAUGUUCAGAAAUGGAUUCUUUGGACCGAACAUCAGUAUCGCCUCCCACAGGUGGGACGGAGCUUCCAGGAACUGACUGGAAGGGACCUGUGCGUUCUAAGUGAAGACAGCUUUAGAGACCGAUCACCGUUAUGUGGGGAUGUUUUGUAUGCCCACUUGGAUAUCUGGAAAUCAGCUGCCUGGAUGAAAGAGAAGACAGGACAAGGUGACCUAAGAUAUUGUGGUGGCAAUGGAGUGAGAGAGUGUUGGGCAGACACUGAAGUGGAUUCCUCUAGUUCAGGGCAGCCAAUCCACCUGUGGCAGUUCCUGAAAGAACUGUUGUUGAAACCACACAGUUAUGGACGUUCCAUCCGAUGGCUGAACAAAGAAAAAGGCAUUUUCAAGAUUGAAGAUUCUGCUCAGGUUGCACGCCUCUGGGGAAUCAGAAAAAACCGUCCAGCAAUGAAUUAUGAUAAGUUGAGCCGUUCUAUCCGCCAGUACUACAAAAAGGGGAUCAUCCGCAAGCCAGAUGUAUCCCAGCGCCUUGUCUACCAAUUUGUGCACCCGCUUUGAGGUGCACAUUUAUGAAAAGACUAACUGGAAUUGGCUACAAAAAAGCUAAAUGCCUAGGUGCAUUGCACUAUGCUGCAGAGUAGCUUUAGAGGACAUUUUUUCCAGCAGAGCCAUGUUUUUUUCUUCUUCUUCUAUAAUACAGGUUAACAAACUGCCACCCUAAAUUUACCAAGAUCAACUGAGCAUCCAAUCCCAAUAAACUGACAAAUAUCAUACCUUUAGAAAUGUAA